AUGCCCAUCUUGGUCCCUCGCCACUUAACACUCAAUAAUCCUAGUCAAGGCUUGUACAAACUCGCCUUUUGCCCAUCGUCUCUAUCAGAGCGUUGUUGUAUUCUCCUCUUCUCGGAAUAGCUCAUUGCAUGUUAUAGGAACCAACCUGACAUUUUCCAUUCUCAUACCUCAUGUCAGACAUCACCCGCUUCUUUGCACAAUUGGAAGAACGCAUGAAUAUGCCAGAUGAAGACGUCAGCGACUACCUCACAAGAUUAUCCGAGUCCCACCGGAAUUAUGAUCAUACGAAAACCGACAAUUCUAGUAAUGACGGGGCUGCAUGGGACUCUUCUUUGUCCCACAGAAUCCCUGGUGUGGAUUACUGUGAAAGUAAUGCAGCAGCGGAGAUACAAUCGUCUUGUGGUCCUGUAGCUUGUGACUUCUCUGUCGUUGACAGAAAUGUUGAUACCCAUUCUGGUGCCUCUCCAAGUGGGGCAGCGAUUAACCCGAAUCCAGACGUGAUCCCCAGGCCCUCGGACGCACGUCUUAAACGCAAGGCAUCGGACGGAAGGCUCGCGUCUCCUGGAAUACGCAACAAGCGAGCAAAGGCGUCUCCAGAGAACUCCAGGUUGACCGCAGCCAAUGAGAUUGGGGACGCUCAAAUCCCACCAAGUACCCAGCAUGACCCUGUCACUCGUGCUAAUCAACUACCGGCUGACUCUGGGAAUGAGCCUGUCCAACAGGGUCUGCAUCGAUAUGACACGAUGCACGCUCCAGACACGAGGCCAUCUGUUCGACGAGACAAUUCUGCCAAGGAACCGACCUUUUUUGGUGCCAAUGAUUGUCCUGCCCCGGAAGAAUCCGCUGGCGUCACAGCAGGCCAGACGCAUGCAUCAGAAGAGCCGCCACAGGAUGUCGUGCAGUCAAGAACGUCCGCUCACUCCAGUAAAAGGAAACGUCCCUCCGUGCAGAAAUCGCAUGCAUCUGCCGUUGCUGCGGCUUCAAGUAACGCGGCUUCUCUGAAUGAUCCUACCGCGACGUCCGAACCUCCAAGUAAACGGCCACGCAAAACAUCGAACGUAAAGGAAUCCGCGAGCGUCUGGCUGUCAGUGAAGGACCCGAAGCAGAAGCAGUCAUUACUUCCCUCCGAGUAUGCCAAGAAGAUUGAAGAUAAAAUUAAACCCGCGGAGACAUUUCUUUCCGGAAUGUGCAUAUAUUACUAUGGCGCCGAUCUAAAUAUUGCCACUCAAACGACGAGGAUGAGGAUGUUCAAGCUUGCUCAAUAUGGUGCAAGAGUCGCGCCGAAGUAUGACCCUGAAAGUGUCACGCAUAUAAUCGUAGACAAGAUUGUUUCACGUCACAUAUUCCUUGAAAAACACAACCUACGGAAGCUGAAGGACGUUCCUGGGCAUAUUCCGAUACUCACGUGGGACUGGGUGACUGACAAGGGAAAAGGACAAUUUUCAAAAUACGCCGCAUUCAGACGAAGAAACGCGGUUGACUCAAUGCCAUACGACAUCGACACAAACAUAAGCUCGAAAGCGCAACGGACUGCCAAAGGGAAGAAGCGAGCUAGUCCCCGUCCUCCGUCAAGCAAUUCAUCGGAUGAAGAAGUGAGCAGUAUUCCACAAUUCACUUCAAGUGGAAGGGCGAAAUCGAAACCGAACGGUCCAGGUCGUGGUGACAAAGCAGGAGCCUCUGACGAGAAAGGGGCGAAUCAAAGCGAGGUGUCUCCGCGGACAGAAGAAGAUGCCGGCAUUGGUAGCAAUAAGGACCCAUUGGCCGAGUUCUAUGAACUGGCGCGGUCCGAGCGGGACGCGGAACGAUAUCGGUACCGAGAUGACGAGACGGACGAUGAGAACGAACAUCCUGGCUCACGCGCAGUUACUGGGAGCGGUCGGAUUAGUCGGCAAUCGAAAUUCAUAUGCGAUGGCAUCAAGAAAUCAUAUGCCAACUGUCCGAACCAGGACGUCAUAGAUAAGCUUACGGCUCUUAAGAGGAUUCACGAGAACGGGUUCGCUAAGGAUGAUAGAUUCAAGGUGUACAAUUAUAAUAAAUGUCUUGGUCAAUUGCAUUCGUACCCCACAAGAAUACAUUCUAGGGAAGAAGCAAUGUUGCUCAACGGCGUCGGGACGGAAACAGCGAAGAAAAUCAUGGAAAUCAUUGAGACUGGUGACCUGCGCCGGCUGCACUACGAGAGAACCGGAGACAUAAAGAUUGUGGAAACAUUUCGGGGCAUUUACGGCGUUGGGGGUAAGACUGCGUACAAGUGGUAUGUCAAUGGGUGUCGUACUCUGGAUGACCUAAGGAACCGCAAAGGAGGGGUCAAGCUCUCGACCGUUCAACAGAUUGGUCUAAAGUAUUACAAUGUAGAUAUCAAUUCUCGAAUGCCUCGAAGUGAAGCUGCGACUAUAUUCGAUAAGAUCAAGGCCAUAGCACUCAAAAUUGAUCCUCACUUAUUCAUCGAGAUUAUGGGCAGCUACAGACGAGGGAAAGCGGAUUGCGGUGAUAUCGAUAUCCUGAUCACUCGUCCGACAGAUGAUGGAAAGACACACGCCGGCGUCCUCUGCAAACUUUUGCGAGAACUACGCAUUGCUGGAAUCAUCACUGAAGAUCUUUGUCUUCCAGAUAGUUGGUCAGAUCUCGAGCUUGUAUAUCGCGGCUUGUGCCGGAAAGACAGUAGUAGUCGUAGGCGGCGAAUAGACUUCUUGACUGUGCCGUAUGAAUCGCGGGGAGCUGCUCUUCUGUACUAUACGGGCGAUGAUAUCUUCAAUCGUUCAAUGCGAAUGAAGGCUAAUAAGAUGGGAUAUUCUCUAAAUCAAAAAGGUUUAUUCGCAGGUGUAGUAAGAGAUCCUCACGAUCGCACCAGGAAGUUAAAUCAAGGUACGAAUAUCGCCUCAUCAAGCGAGCGACAGAUAUUCGAGAUACUUGGUGUUCCAUGGCAGGAACCUCAUGAGCGUAUUCGUGGAUAACGCAACCUGUGCCUUUUCUGGAAUCACAGGCGUCUCUGUAUACCUAUAUUCGAAUCGGCUCAGGUUGUGGGUCACUUCUCUUGUUGAAACUAACUGCAUUUCAGCACGUACGGAAUAGUUAUGUAGUAAUUACUGUGGCAGAAACGUGACAGCCCCAAUGAAUUUCUGUAACCGAAUACUUGGUGGCUUUGAGUAUCUUAAUACUAGACCUGCCUUUGUUGGCUCACCGGU